UACAGAUCUCUUUGUCGUCAUCGAUGGCGAGUGCGCUGCAGAAUGUGCUGCGGCCAGGAAGUCGCGAGUUCUUGAUCGUGCUGAAUGUGGUGCUGGCGCUGCUGUUCUUCGUGAUGUUGGCAGUCAUCUACACGGAGCUGGAGGACUCGUUCCAUGUGUUCGUGCUGCUUUUCCUUGUCGUGGGACUCACAGUCUCCAUCAACUGGUUCAUCAUCGAAGCCAACAACCUCAAGCACACGCAAGUGGCAGACGGUGAUAAGCAAAAGCAGAAUCCCAAUACAAGAGCCAAAACGGAUUAAUCCAGCUACAAUGCAACAGAGAAACCA